AUGACAGCAAAUGGUUCCAAACCAGAAUCAAGUGUGGUCACAACAAUUCAAACAUCUUGUGAUGAAUUGUUACAAAAGUUUUGGGAAUUGGAAGAGGUUCCAAAAAUGAAUAAUCUCACAGUUGCGGAAAAGCAAUGUGAGCAACAAUUUGAAGAAAAUUUUAAAAGACUUACAGAUGGUAAGUUUGAAGUUAAACUUCCAUUUAAAGAUGAACAGAAUAAAUUGGGUAAUUCUACCAUAAUAGCUAAAAGAAGGUUCUUUGCUCUAGAAAGAAAAUUAGAGAAAAACAAAGAACUUAGAUUGGAAUAUAAUGAAUUUCUUAAAAAAUAUUUGGAAAUGGGUCAUAUGGAAUUGAUAAAUAAUAAUUCGUUUAUGAAUAGUAAAUAUUAUUUACCACAUCAUUGUGUACUUAGGCCAGAGAGUACAACAACUAAGUUAAGAGUUGUAUUUGAUGCGUCUUGUAAGACAACAACUAAUAUUUCGCUAAAUGAUAUCUUACAUACUGGUCCUAGGCUGCAAGAAGAUCUUUUUAAUAUUUUAUUAAGAUUUAGAAAACAUCGUUAUGUUUUUUCAGCUGACAUUGAAAAAAUGUAUAGACAAAUCUGGAUUUCUGAAGCUGACAGAAAAUAUCAGUUAAUAUUUUGGCGCUGGAAUCCAGAUGAAACUAUUAAACAUAUGCUCUUAAAACUGUUACAUAUGGAACAGCUUCGGCUCCAUAUUUAG